AUAAGUGUCAAAUUGCUACGAAAUGUAGACUAAACAGCGAAUGUUAUCGUGGAUAUAAAUGCGCCUAACUGUGCUAUAAUCCGAAAUCAACCUUUGCUUAUGAACGAACUUUAGUAUCAGCCCUCGAUUAACCUAAAGAGGUGCGUUUCAAAAACGAAUUUUUAACUCGAACUCUCACUUGCGUAGCAACCGAACAAUUAGGGAUGAGGAGAAGGAAUCGAAAUUACGAGGAUAGCUUUCUGCGUCCAAAACAGCUGGGGAGAUUAAUCCAUAGCUGUGUUUGAACGUAACAGUCUUAUCUAUUUAUAAACUGUUGUUAACUCCGAUGUUUAACUGACAUUUUCCGCUCCACCGCGAGGAAGACAUUUUUACCAUGGCGAGGAAGAAGAAAGGAAGUUGGACGAGUCGAAUCUGUGCUGUUGUUAUUAUCCUGGCUUUAGCUGGCACAAUGUCAAUGAACAUAUUAUUCAUCUUACACACCACUUCUCGAGGUACGAGCCAGGAAAAGGAACCCAUGGAAUAUGAUCACAAGUUUCAUAAUGUUCCGCAGAUUUCAGUUGCUCCUCCGGCUCAAUAUAGGUUUAAUGGAAAGGGAAAUUCGCUAUCUCGUGAAGGGAUUGGGUUGCUAACGGCAACAGAGAGUAAAUAUGUAGAUUUAGAGGUGUUCUCGAGUAAAGAGAAUGUUUCAAUUACCAUCAACGGACAACAGAGGGUCGAUAUUUCCGAGAUGUUAUUAAGAGGACUGAAUGUUGUAGUUUUAAAUGAAGUAACUGGCGCUGUGAUGUCCUCGAGAUGGUUCGAUACAUAUGAGUCAAAAGAGGACAGCGGUUAUCUUAUGGAAUUUCUUUCAAAUUUAAAAAACGGCAGGAUAAUCUGUUUUGCCGUGAAGGACGAGGCGUCUCUUUCCUUAUCAGAGAGCACGCGCAUGUUCAUCAAGCGUUUGGGAAGUGCUUACAUCGAUCAGCUAAAGUGGAGAGGCAUGUGGGUGUUUAUUGUCCAACGGUUGGGCACUCGAAACAUUGUGUACGGCGAGAGUUUUCAGGAUGCACCGAAUCUUAACCAGUGGGCAAGACCAGUGAGGCUACACGUAACCGCACAACUAGUGGCAGAAAAUAUUGUCAACUGCAAAUGGGACGACUCCGACGCUACCAAGAGACGAAGAGAGUUUUGUGAAAAAUAUGAAGGAUAUGGCAACGUUUGCAAUUGUGACAAUCCUCUUUCGCUAGAAUUUGACCCGCCCUCUUUUAGAGACAACAGCCGACUGAAGUUGCCCGUGGCGGUCAUGGCUGGUAACAGACCAAGUUACCUACUACGCAUGCUCUUAAGCCUUCGUAACGUCGAGGGUCUGGAUCCUAGUUUGGUAACAGUUUUCAUCGAUGGUUUUUAUGACGAACCUGCCUCGGUCGCUAAACUGUUUCAACUACAUGUGGAACACCAUGCAGGCUCGGGGAGAUUAAACUCCAGAAUUUGUCAGCAUUACAAGAAAUCGCUGACAGCUUCGUUUGACAAAUAUCCCGAUGCUGAUUACCUUGUGAUCUUAGAAGAGGAUCUCGAUAUGUCCGUUGAUAUCCUCAGCUAUUUUAAACAACUUCUUCCUGUCUUAGAAAACGAUGAAAGCCUAUAUUGCAUAUCAGCUUGGAACGACCAGGGUUAUGACCAUCUUGCAAAUGAUCCUGCCAUGUUGUACAGAGUAGAGACCAUGCCAGGAUUAGGAUGGGUGUUAAAGCGUAAGAUAUACAAGGGUGAACUAGAGGAGAAAUGGCCGAAGCCCCAUCAGUCAGCUGACUGGGAUAUGUGGAUGAGGCUACCUUCCAACAUCAAAGGUCGCGAAUGCAUCAUCCCGGAUAUUUCUCGUACUUAUCACUUUGGAGCCAAAGGACUUAACGUGGGAAGCUUUAUGCAGAAUAUUUAUUUCAAACAUCAUGCUCUGAACAAAGAAACAAAUGUCAAGUUGAAUGCGGAAAUGAUGUAUAAGGAUAACUACGAAAGAGAAAUAUUUCGUCUAAUAGG